GCUUAAAUGUCUCAUAUAUAUAUAUGAGAAAAUAUAUAUAUCAGAAUCAGAAUAUAUACAGAAUAUAUAUAUCUCUCCUCCUCCUCCCCAGCGCGGGCUCUUUUUCCCCUCAGCGAAAGCCGCCUAGAGGAAAAGGGCGGGAAAAGGAGAGACUGUUAGGCCGCGCUUGUUGUGAGGGGAAAAGAAAGGCAGGGCGGCAGGGCGCUUCAAGGGGGAGAAAAAAGCCCGCCACAAUAAGUUUCUUAAAACAGUAAUAGAAGAAACAGCUUUGGGAAAUAAAGAUUAAUAGAAGAAAAACAUCUCAGCGGAGGAACUCUGCCUCAGCUCUCCCACUUUGCAAUAUGGAUUGGUUUCAUUGCAACCAAUGUUUCAGCCAGGAGGGGUCUGAUUUUUCUGUCACCAGCUGUGGACACAUAUUUUGCAAAAAAUGUGCUGGCUCAGAUAAAUGCCCAUCUUGUGGAACAAGCACAAAAUAUUUGCUUCUUAAUGAUAAUAUGCAGCCAGAAGCAAAAAAGUUUUUCAAAAGUCCUGUUGAACUUGUACUUGGCCAUAUUGCCCAUAUUUCUCAGGUGUGGACUUUCCAGAAAAGCCAGAUGGAGCUGCUUGCCUCUUUUUAUAAAUACCGUGCUUCAAAGGCUGAAGGAGCUCUGCAGCAAGUUUACCAGGAACUAACUACACAGGAAAAGGAGCUGGAGGCAUUACAGAAGGAGAACAGGGAACUGAUGAAGAAUCUCUGCUCAUUGGAGGAUUCCCCACAUCAACUCCAGGAUAGCAGAAACAGCACACCGAGGCCACUUGCCAUCAAACCCCCCUUACAGCCAGUUACACUACCGUUUAAUUUCCAGAAGUCCAGUGAAGUGAUCAGCCGCUCCUCUUCCAUGGAUUCCAUCUCCUCAAGAGCCAGCCACCCACCAAACUGGCAACUUGCUACAGGAACCACCUGGAUGGCUUACGGCAGGAUGACUCCAGAUAACCCUAAUAAUGCUACUCCUUCUCCAGCAUCCACUAGAGGCUUAUUCCACAGAUCAGGUGGAGGAGGACCAUAUGCCAGAACAUCACAGCACUGAGAAGCUGCACCCCAUACAGGAUCACAUGUGCCAGCAGAGCUCACCAACAAUAAUGGGGAGGAUUGAAGUAACUGCUUUUAAUAGCAGCGCCAUGGAAAAUGUGUCACCACCAUCACCUCAUAGAUCACUCAGGAACAACCUGUUAAGAAGGACAUGAGAUGCUUAAUCUGCACACAUCCAUGGAAAUGACCUAUAUUGUCCCUGGAGCACCUUUUCCUUCCUAAGCAAGCACGCUGCCUGUCUUGUCCUUCUGCAUCUUGGAAAUACCUUUUUUU